GGAGGCGGGACCAGCCGCCGCCGUCUCCGUCUCGGUGUCCCGGCCCCUACAGCGCCCGGCAGCCGCGGCAGGAGGAGCGGAAACUGCGGGGUGCGUCCCGUUCGGAGCCGCGGCGGCCAAGAAGGCGCCGAGGAGCAGCGGGGCGGCCUCCGUCCGGCCCGGACCCGCCGAGCGGCGUGCGCGCCCCCUCCCCGUAGCUUCGCGGCGAGGCCUCGCCCCGGCCCCUCCCGAGCUCAUCGCGGGCCCCCGGAGCGGCCCCGGCGGCCCGAGCGCGCCCACCUGAGCCCCCGCGCCGGCGCCAUGGCGGAGCAGGAGAGCCUGGAGUUCGGCAAGGCGGACUUCGUGCUGAUGGACACCGUCUCCAUGCCCGAGUUCAUGGCCAACCUCAGGCUCAGAUUUGAAAAAGGGCGCAUCUAUACGUUCAUUGGAGAAGUCGUCGUUUCUGUGAACCCUUACAAGUUGUUGAACAUCUAUGGAAGAGACACAAUUGAGCAGUAUAAAGGCCGUGAGCUGUAUGAGAGACCGCCUCACCUUUUUGCUAUUGCAGAUGCUGCUUACAAGGCUAUGAAGAGGCGAUCAAAAGACACUUGUAUUGUGAUAUCAGGGGAAAGUGGAGCUGGUAAAACAGAAGCCAGUAAGUACAUUAUGCAGUAUAUUGCGGCCAUCACCAACCCCAGUCAGAGAGCAGAGGUUGAAAGAGUGAAGAAUAUGUUGCUUAAGUCCAACUGUGUUUUGGAAGCUUUUGGAAAUGCCAAAACCAACCGUAAUGACAACUCCAGCAGGUUUGGAAAAUACAUGGAUAUCAACUUUGACUUCAAGGGUGACCCUAUUGGUGGGCAUAUCAAUAACUACUUACUGGAAAAGUCUCGAGUGAUUGUGCAACAGCCAGGAGAAAGAAGCUUUCAUUCUUUCUAUCAGCUACUCCAAGGAGGUUCAGAGCAGAUACUGCGCUCUCUACAUCUCCAGAAAUCCCUUUCAUCCUACAACUAUAUUCAUGUAGGAGCUCAAUUAAAGUGUUCUAUCAAUGAUGCUGCUGAAUUCAAAGUUGUUGCUGAUGCCAUGAAAGUCAUUGGCUUCAAACCUGAGGAGAUCCAAACAGCAUAUAAGAUUUUGGCUACUAUUCUGCACUUGGGAAAUUUAAAAUUUGUAGUAGAUGGUGACACGCCUCUUAUUGAGAAUGGCAAAGUAGUAUCUAUCAUAGCAGAAUUGCUGUCUACUAAGACAGACAUGGUUGAGAAAGCCCUUCUUUACCGGACCGUGGCUACAGGCCGUGACAUCAUCGACAAGCAGCACACAGAACAAGAGGCCAGCUACGGCAGAGACGCCUUUGCCAAGGCAAUAUAUGAGCGCCUUUUUUGUUGGAUCGUUACUCGCAUCAAUGAUAUUAUUGAGGUCAAGAACUAUGACACCACAGUCCAUGGGAAAAACACUGUUAUUGGUGUCUUGGAUAUCUAUGGCUUUGAAAUCUUUGACAACAACAGUUUUGAACAAUUCUGCAUCAAUUAUUGCAAUGAGAAACUGCAGCAGCUAUUUAUUCAGCUGGUUCUGAAGCAAGAACAAGAGGAAUACCAGCGGGAAGGGAUCCCCUGGAAACACAUUGACUACUUCAACAAUCAGAUCAUUGUUGACCUCGUGGAGCAGCAGCACAAAGGGAUCAUUGCAAUCCUUGAUGACGCUUGCAUGAAUGUCGGCAAAGUCACUGAUGAAAUGUUUCUUGAAGCACUUAACAGUAAAUUAGGCAAACAUGGCCAUUUUUCCAGCCGAAAGCUCUGUGCCUCAGACAAAAUUCUGGAGUUUGAUCGAGAUUUUCGAAUUCGACAUUAUGCAGGAGAUGUGGUCUAUUCUGUCAUUGGUUUUAUUGACAAAAAUAAAGAUACUUUAUUUCAAGAUUUCAAGCGCCUUAUGUAUAACAGUUCAAAUCCUGUGCUCAAGAAUAUGUGGCCUGAAGGCAAACUGAGCAUUACAGAGGUGACCAAGCGACCUCUGACUGCUGCUACCUUGUUUAAGAAUUCUAUGAUUGCUCUAGUAGACAACCUUGCAUCAAAGGAACCAUAUUACGUUCGUUGCAUCAAACCCAAUGACAAGAAAUCUCCGCAGAUAUUUGAUGACGAACGCUGCCGGCACCAAGUAGAGUAUCUUGGACUACUGGAAAAUGUGAGAGUGCGUCGGGCAGGAUUUGCCUUCCGCCAGACAUAUGAGAAGUUUCUUCACAGGUAUAAGAUGAUCUCUGAAUUCACCUGGCCCAACCAUGACCUUCCUUCAGAUAAAGAGGCUGUCAAGAAACUGAUUGAACGGUGUGGUUUUCAGGAUGAUGUAGCUUAUGGGAAGACCAAAAUUUUCAUUCGAACACCCCGAACGUUGUUUACCUUGGAAGAACUCCGUGCCCAGAUGCUCAUAAGGAUUGUCCUCUUUCUACAAAAGGUGUGGCGGGGCACCCUGGCCCGCAUGCGGUACAAAAGAACCAAGGCAGCUCUGACUAUAAUCAGGUACUACCGGCGCUACAAAGUGAAGUCAUACAUCCACGAGGUGGCCAGACGCUUCCAUGGCGUCAAGACCAUGCGAGACUACGGGAAGCACGUGAAGUGGCCAAGCCCUCCUAAAGUUCUUCGCCGUUUUGAAGAGGCCCUGCAGAUGAUUUUCAAUAGAUGGAGAGCAUCCCAGCUCAUCAAGAGCAUUCCGGCCUCAGACCUGCCCCAGGUCAGGGCAAAGGUUGCAGCCAUGGAAAUGCUGAAGGGUCAAAGGGCUGACCUCGGGCUCCAGAGGGCCUGGGAGGGCAACUAUCUUGCUUCAAAGCCAGAUACACCUCAGACCUCAGGCACUUUUGUCCCUGUUGCUAAUGAAUUGAAACGGAAGGACAAAUACAUGAAUGUCCUCUUUUCCUGUCAUGUCCGUAAGGUCAAUCGAUUUAGUAAGGUGGAAGACAGAGCAAUUUUUGUCACUGACCGUCACCUAUAUAAAAUGGAUCCCACUAAACAGUACAAGGUGAUGAAGACUAUCCCUCUAUACAAUUUGACUGGUCUGAGUGUCUCCAAUGGAAAGGACCAACUUGUAGUGUUCCAUACGAAAGACAACAAAGACCUCAUCGUCUGCCUCUUCAGCAAACAGCCAACCCAUGAGAGUCGAAUUGGAGAACUUGUUGGAGUGCUGGUGAAUCAUUUCAAGAGUGAGAAGCGCCACCUUCAAGUGAACGUCACCAACCCAGUACAGUGUAGCCUGCACGGGAAGAAGUGCACCGUCUCCGUGGAGACGCGGCUCAACCAGCCCCAGCCGGACUUCACCAAGAACCGCUCGGGCUUCAUCCUCAGCGUGCCCGGGAACUGACACCCCGCAGAGGACUGGCCCGGAGCCUGGCCAUGCUCCGAGUUCUGGGUCCCAGUCCAGCUGCUGCCUCCCAGCCCAUGCCCGCUAGAAACCUGCUGUGAGGGCCCCUCCCGGAGGAGCCCCCUCCCUGUGAGGUUUCCUUCCUGGCUUUCUGCCUUUGGUAUCAUCUUCCUCUGUCCUGACUGUCCACGGUCCCUGCUCAAUAAACCAAAGACCCUGGUGCCCCGCCCAGACCCCUGGGCUGAUGUCCAGACCAAUCUCACCCAGAGGCAACUGGAUGGUGCCUUUAGUUGGUGUGGGUGCCCCUUGGCCAGGUCAAGUCGGAGCACCUAGGCAGGUGCCCUGCUGCUGACCCUGUAGAGGGAAGGGGUUGAGAUGCAGGUCCCCCGCUCUCUGGGAGCCCCACAGCCACCUCUCUCGCCCAAGGUGAGCCAGCCCUGGGGACCUAGCUCAUGGAGGCUCUGCUCAGAGUUCAGCGGACCACCUCCCCUACCCAACUCCCAGCCACCAGCCAAAGCUACUGGGCGAGCAGAGACACCCACAGGGCCAGCCCCUCAGCCAGGAGCCAGUGGCAGGAGCAGAACAGCCCGUCCAGCAGGGUGAGUCCAUCCUUCCCAGGUUCUCCCCCGGGAGACUCCCUUUGCCACCAAGGUCCCUGUCAGGGCCUCUGACCACCACUCUGGAGAGGACAGUGUGGCAUGCUCCAAACAAGAUCAUCUUACUUCACUCGCAGCCUGUGACCAUGGCCCUCUUAUAGAUACUUUCACCGUUUGCAGGGUUGCUAAUCAGAUACCUGCUGUCACCACACUUGGGUCAGGAAUCUUAAUGAGAACGGGAAGCUGCCGGGAUGAGGGCAGCCCUCAGGGUUGGCCGCUUUCCCUCUGGACCACCUCCCACUACGUUUCCUACUCAGUGAAACAGCAAGGGCGGGGUCAAGGCACAGGAUGAUGGGAAGCAGAGCAGCAGCACAGCAUGGGGUCCUGGCACUGCAGGCCAGGCCAGGACACCCACCCCACACCCUGCACGGCCCCUUGGGGCCUGUGCCUGUGAACUUGGUGCCAGGGAGAACUGCCAGCUAGCCGGUUUCUGCCCAGCAAAAGCAUGGAUGCCUCAGGGGCCUUCUGAGACAACUCUCCCCCUGAGCCCCAGAUGCUGAGAAGGCCUUGAGGGAAGUAGAGGCUCAGAGCAAAUGCCUCAUGUGGUGAGAAGGUGAGGAGAGCCCGCGCCUCAGGCAUGUAGUGAGAGGAUGAGGGGAGCCCGCACCUGAGGCAGGUGGUGAGAGGAUGAGGGGAGCCCGCACCUCAGGUGGAGUGGGCAGGGGUGCAAGAGAGGGACAUACUGAAGCUUCUUCCCAUCAUGCCACAGACGCUGCCCCACCAUGCUCCUGUCCUCCCACCCUCACCCAGCAGAACCCACCAAGUGCCUGUGGGCAGCCUCCUGUGCCUCACCCAGGGCCUGGCCCGAGUGGUCCCAACAACCUGGUCUCAUGCCCGCUCCCCAUCCCUGCUUCCCAAAAAUUGCACUGUGUGCAGUUUGCAACAAAGAAUCCCGCUGGCAUCCUGUCCUUGGGAACCCUUUCUCAUUCCCCAAGCCUGGUCAGCUGCCUGCAGAGGCAGAGGUGCCCCCAGCCCAGGUUAGCAACGCUCAUAGUUUUGCCAAUUACCAGUAGACACUAGUGGAACCAUCUAACUGGAACUUCCUCUCUCCUUCCACUUAUUUCCCCAAACUUGUUGCUUUACACUAGACACGUGCAAAUGUAUGUUUUAAACACACCAAAACAGAUUAUGCCAAAUGAGUUGCCUGUCAAAGGCUGGAGGGCAGGAGGAGGGCCUGGGUUUGGGUUCCUUCCUCCCGGCCUUUGUAUGGUGCCUUGGGCCCCUCAGCCCCAGCGCCAGGGCCUCCCAGCUGAGGCCACAGGACAAGCACUUUUUUAUGAUGUACUAAAAGAAGCCACAGUAUGUGGCAACUGCAAAAGGAUCAGGAAUUUAGGGUGUGAUCUGAGACACGUGUCCUGGGUGCUGAGGGGAAAGGAAGCGGGCACAGUGAUUGUAGACAAUGAGGGGGUUUCUCUUGAUGUAAUGAAAUGCAAUUUUAUGGUUUGGUGCAAAAACUCCUGUUUUACAGUAAAUUAACUUUAUUUCUAAAGCAUAUUUUGAUUUAUCAUCAAGAGCAAUAAAGCAUUAAAUCUUA